AAUUUAAAACACUAAAUGAAUCAAUCGAAAAGAAAUAUUUGAAUAGAUCAUACCGUUAAGCUCGUAGAGUUCUACUUUUUUAAUUUCGCCCACAUAUAUGCAUAUACUUAUAUAUGUUUUAUUAAAGUAUAUUAAGUAAAACAUAAAUAGGUACUUUUCGUUUUUCAUAAAAAUAAAAAACCGAGUGAAAUAUUUAGUACAUAAAAUAUAUUUUCUCAAACAAAUUUAACCCUAUCAAUUUUGAAAACAAAAUGAAGUGCAUACUUAUAUUAACAGUUCUCAUUAUUAUUCAAAAAGAAACAGCAUCAGAAAAUGAUGCUGAUACUCCUGAAAAAGCAUUAAACAGAGAAUGUAUUGCAAGAAAAAAGCUGGCAGAAUGCCUACUUGGUUUUAAUUUAUUAAAAUUCGUAAGCGGUAUUUUUGGAACAUUUGAUUCAAAAUUCAGCGAAAGAUGUAGAGGAUAUAGAGCACUUUUGGAACUAAAUGGAAUUACUCCGGAUGAGGUAGAUAAUGAAAUGGGGAAAUAUGUUUGUAAAUUAUGUAAUUCAAAGAUUUUAAAAGCGUUAGGAGGAACCGAUGAUUGCAAGAAUGUUGUAAGAGCAUGCUCACAAACGUAUCGAAAAUAUUUAAAAGAAGAUAUACCACAAUCAUUAUUUUAUACUGUAAAAAAGUCAUUUCAAAGUACCGUAAAUGUCGUACAUAAGAAUAUUUUAAAGUUGAAGGAGAAAAAAAAGGAGGAAUCGCCGUCAGAAGAAACACCAAAAGGAGAAUAAAUUUUAAUGAUUAUGAAUUUUAAUCAAUAAUCACAAUAUACAUACAUAAUUUAGCAUUUAUAUUCAAUAAUUUUAUUCAAAAAAUAAAUAUAAUUAUUACUAUUAUAUAAUUUAAUAGUAUUUAUCUUGAGAAAUUGUUCAUUUUUCAGUAAAAUUAUAUAAGCAUUAGAGGGAAAUCGUCACAAUAUUGCCAUUUUAUUUAUUUUAG